UCGACAUCACUGAUGUAGAUUCAUAGCAUGUGGAAAUGUGUAUUGGACUUUUGGAAUUUGGUACGCCUAUUUACGUUUUUGUUGGAGGCGCAGCUCGGUAAUUAACGUUACCUGAGUAAAUCCCAACGGCGCCUCGAAUCCGAUCUCUAUUCACGAUCAGGUGAACAAUACGUUGUAUAAAGGUUAUUAUAAAUCAUAUUACCAUGUUUGACGGUGACCUGAUGAAGUGGGGGAGUGUGAAGACCACUCAUCGUGAGCGGAGGAGUUUAGGACGGCGGUGAGGAGAAAGGGAAUACCGCGGGAGACAGAAGUGUCUCCUGCCCAUCUCCAGAGCCCUGGGAAGAGGCUUGUCCAGGGGCCAAGAGGAGCUCUACUCAAAGGGAAGGGAUCAGGACCCCAAGGGAGGGGGCUAGCAGUCCACAGCCCAGGAAAGUGUCCUGGGACCAGGCCUCGCCAUAGCCCGGUGAAGGGGGUACCACCAGGGACCCAGAGCCCAAGAAAGGGACUAGGAAUCCACAGCCCAGGGAAGAGCUCCAUACAGAGUGGACUAGGAUCUCAGUCCCCAGGGAAGGGAGCGGGAUCCAGGCUGAACCAGCUGAGAAGCCCUGGAGCCAGGAUAAAGAGACAUAGACUGAUGGCAGGAUCACCCUUCAGCCUGCCUGACCUCAUUCACCUUGAGGAAAACCAGUCUGUGCUCAGAUCCGCUAACAGCAGCCCAACACAUACCACCACUUCUAUAAGCCUGGACCAGCCUACAGACCCAGACAGUAGGUCUACCGACAGCUCACACACUGGACUGAAUGCUCACAGUCCAGACAGGGCAGAAGUAGUGGCUUGUAGGGAGGGCAGAGCGAGGGAAAUCUCUCCCAUAAAUAUGUACGGUUUGGACCUGAUGUGGGACGCUGUACUGAUCAACGGCCAUGUAGGAGACGGAUGGAAGGUGGAUACAGGGCUCAAAGUGGAACUGUCCCCCUCUCACAGAGCUGCGACUGGGACGGAGGAGGCCAUGCUUCAGGAGAGCUCUACAGAAGAGAAGAAGAUGAAGAGAGGGAGUGUGGAGGUGAGGUUGCAGGACUCCACUGAACAGAAGCUGUAUAAGAUUGCCAACGAGCUUCUACUCACAGAGAGGGCCUAUGUUGCCCGCCUUCACCUGCUAGACCAGGUGUUCUGUGCCCGGCUGACUCAGGAGGCCGGUAAAGGCUUGUUCCCUGUAGAUGUGGUGAGGACCAUCUUCUCCAACAUCUCCUCCAUCCACACCUUCCACAGCCAGUUCCUACUGCCAGACCUGGAGACACACAUGGGCCAAUGGUCUGUGAGCCCUCGUCUGGGUGAUGUCAUGCAGCAGCAUGCUCCCUUCCUCAGGAUGUAUGCUGAGUACGUGAUGAGCUUCGACCACGCCAUGGAGCUGCUUAGAGUCUGGACGGAGAGGUCCGCACCAUUCAAGAAUGUCAUACAGGAUAUACAGAGUCGGGAGGUGUGUGGUAGUUUGACCCUGCAGCACCACAUGUUGGAGCCGGUCCAGAGACUUCCUCGUUAUGAGAUGCUGCUGAGAGACUACCUCAAGAGACUGCCUGAUGACGACUCGGACCACAGCCAUGCAGAGAAGUCUCUGCAGGUCAUCUCCAUGGCAGCAACACACUCCAACAGCGCCAUCCGCCAAUCAGAUAACCUGAAGAAGCUGCUGGAGAUCUACGAGAUGUUGGGGGAGGAGGAUGUGAUGAACCCCUCCAAUGAGUUCAUCAGGGAGGGACGCAUCCUGAUGCUGGCUGCCAGGAACUCCGCCAUGGAGAGACACCUCUUCCUGUUCAACAACAUACUACUGUGCUGCACUCCUCGGUUCAGCCUGGGGGGGCAGCGGUUCACUGUGCGGACACGGAUUGACGUGGAGGGCAUGACGGUGCAGCGCACCACCAACGAACACCACCCCCACACCUUCCAGGUGUCUGGCAAGGAGAUGACCCUGGAGAGGACCCUGGACCUACAGGCCAGCUCUGAACAAGACAAAGAGGACUGGUUAAAGGCUUUCCAGGACACUAUUGAUGUUUUCCGACAGAAGAAUGAGACUUUUAAGUCAACUUCUAAAGAAGUAGAGGUAUCUAUGGAGGAGCUGGGUCGUCGUGCCCCUCGAUGGAUCAGGGACAAUGAGGUGACCAUGUGUAUGAAGUGUAGCGAACCAUUCAACGCCCUCACCCGAUGGAGACACCACUGCAGAGCCUGUGGCUGUGUGGUGUGUUGGAGGUGUUCAGACAACAAAGUAACUCUGGAGUACGAUGGCAACAGGGUGAACAAGGUGUGUCUAGACUGCCACUCCGCCCUGAUCCUCCGGGCCAACAGAGAGGAGAGGGGAGAGGGCAUGGAGGGGGGGCAUUCUAGAGGUUCCACACCUCACCUCCACAUUUCCAUCCCUGCCCUUUCCCCAGGAUGUGAAGGUCUUGUCUAGGGUCCCCUUCUAAGGGACAGGUGAUGAAAAUGGGAUGGUGGUUAAGGACAUUGCCAUGGUUGGCAAGGGGACGGUCCUCAAUGGCAACGAAAGUGUCACUGAUAAUGGUUACGGGAGUGUCGCCAAUAGAAACGGGAUGGCUGUCAAUGACAGCGAGCCCUCUCGAUCAAACAGCCUCCGUGUUCAAACACAAGCGAUCCCCCAGUUUCUGCACUUGUGUUCAGUGUUAAGGCCUUAAUGAGAUGCAGCGAGCUCCAAAAGUAUUGGGAUAGUGACAUAUUUGAAAUGAUACAAUGACUGAGGUUAAAGUGCAGACUAUCUGCUUUAAUUUAAGGGUAUUUUCAUCCAUAUCGGGUGACCUGUUUAUAAAUUACAGCACGUGUUGUACAUAGUCCCCCCAUGUUAGGGGACCCAUGUAUUGGGACACAUUCACUUAUAUGGAUAUUAAAGUAGUGCACAGUAUUUGCUCCCAUAUUCCUAGCAUGCAAUGGUUACAUCAAGCUUGUGACUCUACAACCUUGUUGGAUGCAUUUGCUGUUUGUUUUUCGUUGUGUUUCAGAUUAUUUUGUUCCAAAUAGAAAUGUAUGGUCAAUUAAUAUAUUAUGUAAUUUUGGAGUCACUUGUAUUGUAAAUAAUAAUAUAAUAUGUUUCUAAACACUUCUACAUUCAUGUGGAUGCUACCAUGAUUCUGGAACUUUCUACUACUUUAAUACACAUAAGUGAAUUUUUUCCCAAUACUUUUGGUCCCCUAUAAUGGGGAGGACUUAUGUACAAAAGGUACUACAAUUUCUAAAUGUUGGAUGAAAAUACCCUCAAAUUAAAGCUGUCAGUCUGCCCUUUAACCCCAUAGUCAUUGUAUCAUUUGAAAUCCAAAGUGCUGGAAUACAGAGCCAAAAUAAACAAAAAUGUCACUGUCCUAAUACUUUUGGCGCUCUCUGUAUACCGUAAUGGGCUGGCAAUGAGAUGCAUUUUGUGUAAAAACUCGAGAAGCAAUGUGUUCUGCCUAUCCCUAUCUGAAUAAGAAAAUCAAGUAACCUUAUAAUUUGUAUUUGAAAUUAUUUACCUUUUUGAAUAAAUAAAGUUGAACUUGUUUAAAAGUGAAGCAAGG